UUCAGUGUCAAGAAAAUAUCAUCAUCAUCGACUAAUUUUGGUUUUAUAUUGUGAUUGAUCAUCAAACAAUAAAAAAACCAAACGUACACAUAAUCAUGACUCAAGCAAUUGAAAAGCAGAAUUUAGAAUUGGAUCUUCGUUUUGCUCAUAUCGAUGGCCAUACUGAAUUGGAUUUUGUUCCAGAUAAAAAUGCAAUAAUAACCAUUGGUCGUGAUUGUGAUGUACGACUUUGGUCAUUAAAUCCCGAUGAUUAUGGUGUACAAUCAUCGUUUCCAAUUGAAGAUUUUCCAUACGCUGUUUUGGCUACUAAUGAUCGAGCAUUUGUUGCAUUAGAAAGUAAUGCGGUUAAAUCAUUUCAAUUGGAUGAAUUGGCCGGCGAAGAUGAACAAAUGGUCUGUCGUUUUACAUCGAAUGCCACUUGUCUUUCAUUUCAUUUGGAUCGUGAACUUUUAGCUGCUGGUGCUGGGGAUUUUUCCAUUAAGCUAGUUAAUCUUGUCAAUCAAUCAACACGAAUUCUGGAAGGUCAUGAAGGACCAAUUCUUAGUGUAUCUAUUGAUCCAUUACGUAAAUAUUUGGUCUCUUCAUCAUGUGAUGGUUGUGUUCUUUGGAAUAUUGAAACGAAAAAAAUUGAACACAAAUGGCCUGCAUUGUUGCCUAAAUCAAAUGAUUUUAAUAAUUCAAAAACAUUGUGCAGAAUAUGUUGGGAACCACAAAUUGGUCAAUUUAUGGCCAUUCCUUGUGAAUAUUCAGUUCAAAUAUAUCGACGUGGACAAUGGGAUGUUCCAAGUACGGUGCUGAAACAUUCUUUACUUACUGAUCUGGUUUCCAUCGUAACCAUUUCUAUGGAUUCUCAAUUAUUGGCUUUAUCGUUUGGAUCGACAAUGGCUAUAUGGAAAUUUGAUCAGUCAUUUCAACAAUCCCAAACCGUUACAAUGAAUCCGAUUGCAACAAUGAAAAAUGGUGAUAAUCGAAUAACUUGUGUGAAAUUUAAUCCAAAUGAUCGGAAUCAAUUAUGUUGUACGGAUGAUAAAGGAUCAUUGUUGAUAUUGAAAAUUCAAGAUUCGAAAACCAACAAUAAAUUUCAAUCGUCAUCAUCAUCAUCAUCAGCAGUUGUAAGCAGCAAACAAGUUCCAUCAUCGAAACCACAAACACAAGAGAUCGGACAAACAACGAUAGAUGAUAUAUUGGCCGAUAUAGAUUUGGAUGAUGAUAUGAUUGAUUUAACAGAGAAAUCCAAGCCUAACCUUUCAAAGGUCGCAAGUUCUGUUCCUUUUGGUGAUUUGGAUGAUGAUGUUCCAGAAUUGAAUAUCGAUUUUCCAAUGGAUCGAAAUGCCCCCGCUACUCCAGCUGAUGAUAUGGAUGAGCCUGAUGAAUUCGACAUCAGUGCCAUCAAAUCUAAAUAUGAGCCGAUAAUUUUUGGUGAUGAUGGUGAUACUGUAAAACUUAAAAAUAAUACAGAAUCUCAUCAGUUAACGGCAGGAAAAUUGAACGCCAAUUCAGAUUUGAUUAUCGAUGGUUAUCGAAUUACCGGAUCAGAUCUGAUUCAAUUAUCUCGAACUGCCCGUUCAUAUCAGGCACCAAUUCGACAGGCGCCAUUUCAAUCUGGUUCAACACCGCUACAUUUUCAAAAUCGUUUUAUGGUUUGGAAUUCAGUUGGAAUCGUUUAUGCAUAUAAUUCCGAUGAAGAACGUUCAAUUGAUGUGGAAUUUCAUGAUCUUACAUUUCAUCAUUCAAUACAUAUGACCAAUAUGUUGAACUAUACGAUAGCUGAUUUAUCAACCACAUGUUUAUUGUUGGCUAGUAAUGGUGAUGAUCAAGAAGAUGCGGCCGAUCCUUUGGAUCAGCAAAAAGCACGAAUGUAUUGUAUGUUAUUCAAUACAUGGGACGAAAUGAAAGAAUGGCAAGUUACACUGCCACAGGAAGAACAAUUUGAUUGUAUUACUGCUGGACAGACGUUUGUUGCUGCCGUCACUAAUCUUCGAUAUCUUCGUGUUUGGACUAUUGGUGGUAUACAGACAAUGAUUCGCUGUGUUGAUGGUCCAUCAAUCAAUCUAUCUUCAUUUGAUAAUUAUCUUAUGCUUCUAUAUCAUCAGGCAUCACAACAUCCCCAAGAUGGUCAAUCAAUCAAUUGCAUUGUAUUGAAAGUUGAUCAUCGUGGUCGUACUCGUGCUCAUAUGAUUCCACAGCCGGUUCCGGUUGCUUUAUCACCAAAAUCCACCGUAUAUUGGGCUGGUUUCACCGAUGAAGGUACACCUUGUGUCGUUGAUUCUGAUGGCAUUAUUCGUGUUUAUAAAAAUCAUUUCGGUUCUGGAUGGUUUCCGAUUUGUGCUACGAAACAACAGGCUAAUGGAAAAUCAGACAAUUUUUUCAUCAUUGGUCUGAGCGAAAUUCAAUCACAAAUUCGUUGUAUCUAUUGUAAAGCUUGUCGUUAUCCGGAUACGGUUCCAAAACCUACACUUACCAUUUUAUCAUUACAAAUUCCAUUAUGUGAACUUGCCGAUGAUCUCAAUGGUGGUUCUACGAAAUCUAAAUAUGAAGAAGAAUGUAUUCGUAAUCGAUGGCUUGGUUCAUUGUUGAAACGAUUAUCAUUGGAUAAUUAUGAUGUUGAAGAUUCAUUGGAUCAAUCAGAAAAACAAGUGAUCAAUUCAUUGAUUAAAUUAUUUGCAUUAGCAUUGGGUGCUGAACGUGAAUCACUGGCAUUGGAAGUGGCUAGAUUAUUGCCAAAUAGCCAAGCAUUGGAAGGUGCUGUACGUUAUGCUGAACGACAACGGCAUAGAAGUUUAGCAAUGAAAUUAGUCGAAAUGAUACAAGAAGGUGAUGAUAAUGGAAAUAAUGAUGAUGAUGAUGAUCAAAAUUCUGAUGUCGAAUUACAAGAGCUUAUGACGAAAAAGAAUGCUGAUCGAUUACGAAAAUUAUUGAAAGACAAUUGUGAUGCACGACAAGAUUCAGCCAGUCUGAUAUCAUUGGCAAAAAUUGAUCAAUCAAACAAUUUAUCAAACCAUUAUACAUCAGUGAAACCUAAAUCAUUGAGAAAAUCCACCACGGAACCAGAACAACGUACUAACGGACCGAUUACGAUCAUUUCCGAUGACGAUGAUGAUAAUGAUCAAGAUGAAGACGAUAUAUUACGACCAAAAAAGUUAACAAUUUCGGCAAAUGAAAAAAAUCCAUUCAAAGUUCGAAAUCAUCAGAAAAACAAUUCAUCGAAUCAAGGAAAACGUAAACAGAUUGAAGAAUCCGAUGAUGAUCACGUCCACAGUGGUGACAAUGAUGAGGAUCAAAUUAUAAUCAACAAUGAUGAUAACGAAGAUCUAGAAUCUGUAAACAAUCCAGACACAGACAAAGCUUUCCACUGUUAUUAUAAUGAAAAACGUUUUGAAAUAUUUGAAAAACAUAGUGGUGAAGAAAUACUCAAUGAACAAGAUUUAAUUGAAAUAGCAAAACAACAAUUUAGUAAAUUAUCCGAUAAACAACGUUCAAAGUGGAUGAAAAAAGCUGCUUCAACUGUUGCCAAUGUCGUCAAAAAGAAACGUUCAAAAGCCAAUGAAAAUAGUGAAACUAAAACGAACAAAAUUACAAAUUUUUUUGCGAAAAAAUCCUCUUAGAAACAAACAAAAUUUUCUAUUUUAUUCAAA